GAUGCUUUUGCCAAAGGGCAUAUAUCAAACUUCUUCAAUCUCCAUUCUCACCCUAUUCCCCUUUAAUGCGAACUAUCAUCAAUGGCAAUGAAGCUUCCCGAUGUGAAGCGUGAUCAAAGCGCAAGCGAAAAAUACUCACGCAUAGGCGGAUCACACUUGUUCAAUGCAGAAACCCCAAAUACCCGCCGGUUCUGGCUUCUCAUGCUAUGCUCCAGCGCUGCCUUUCUUUUCUGGCUGAUGGUGUUUUCGUGGAUGGCUGGUUUAUUGUCAACCUCUCCCCCAGCACCGGAGACCAGCAUCUUGAGUACGCCUGAUGAUCAAGGCGUCCCACUUUGCGUGGAUAUCUUUUUCGCCCUCCUGGCAAGCACCGCUCUUGACUCCUUAGCGGUCGUGUUCAGUUUCAAUCGGUCUCUGAUACGGCAGUAUCACUACUUUGUCAGCUUGCGAAUGGCGGCGCUGGCUAUUAUCAUUUCUAUUGUGGUGUAUCUGUGCCCUGGGAGUCCCCCGCUCAAGUCUGGCUUUAUCAUCUUCACUGGCACUUCCAUCUAUGCAGUCUUCAUCAUCAUCACAGACGGAUUACAUGGCUUUUUCCCGAACCGCCGCAUCAGUAUCAGACAAGGAAGCAUGUUAGGAUUCACCAAGCACAUGCGCACAGGCUUGGGUGACAUUUCAUGGAACCGUUCCGCGAUCUUGACGGCUAUGAAUUUUUUUCUCUAUGUAUCAUUAACGAAGGUGCUCCCCACCGCUUGGUCGCAUUUAAUUCCGGUUAUUCAACUUUCCUGCGAGCCAAUCUUCUCCCUGAUGGGCGCCCAAAAGACACUCCGGUACAACAUGCUUGCUGGAUGUUUAUUUCAAGCCAGCGCCUGCUUCGAAUGGGGCGUGCGGCAGGUAAUCGCAUCGCCGAAACUCAUCGUAGCACCGUCUACAUUCCUCGCUUUAAUCCUUGUCAACCGUCUUCUUGUCGAUCUACAUCUGUCCACGAUAUUUCGUCAUCGCAAGGAUCUUCACUGGGCCAGACAGGAGGUGCUGACGCCCACCAGAACGCUAGCCAUGUAUACUAUCACUAUGCUGUUAUUACAGAGCGCGGGGAUGCCCAUUGUAACAUAUAUAAAACCGCUUGUCGUGGCGAUUGUUGAUGUUAUAGCCUUUUUGCCACAUGCUAUGCCGGCGUGUUAUUCUAUUGCGUUUGAAAAGGGUAAAGCUGGCAAGUGA